CCUCUCUCCCGCCAAAUGGCCCCCGCCGCUGUAGUUUUCAAGAAGAACGCACGCGCAUUACCAGACAUCCGGUAAGCCUUGCCAGGUGUGCGCUCUUUGAAGAUACACCGUUAAUGAAUCGCGCUUUGUCAUGAAUAAGUAAACUUUCCGUUAAAAAGAAGUUAAUCAUUAUGUUUCGUUGAGCUUUUCGACCUCAAUUGGGUUUCAAACUCCAUGGUCACUAGUUAAUCGUACGAUAAAGUGGUGAAUAAAGUGCUGUGGACUCCGCGGCGUACUACAGUGCUCGGUGAACUUAGAGCGUAGAUCACUCGAGAUUGAUUUCUGCAGAGUUUCGUGACGAAUUAACUGGGCUCCGUUCGCGUCGUCGCGUCGUCAUGCCUCUGCUCCGCAAGCAGUCAUUUCAAAAACUUCACGUAUCAUCGGAUUUCCGCGACGACGACGAGGUAUUCCACUGUGAGGUUACCAACGAGAUCUUCAAAGACUACAAUGAAUUUUGUGAAAGGAUCAUGCUCUGUAAUACCAUGGUUUGGUCCUGCAGUAUUACAGGAAAGGCAAAUUGCACCUAUGAGGAAGCUCUUAUCAGCGAGGAAAAUGCUCGUAAGAGUCUCAAGGAAUUUCCAAUGGAGUUGCGGAUACCAAUCUUGUACUUGGCAAGCAAGACUAACAGAACAUCAGUAAAUGAGAUGGCUGAAGAUGUUUAUCAAUUUGCCCGCGACAGAUACUUUGUUGGGGAAAUGGUGGAAGCAAGUUUUACAGAAGACUCUUGGUGUGAGUGCCAUGUUCUACAGGUCAUUGCACCCACUCAGCAGCAGAUAAAUGCCUAUGUUAAAGACAACAUCAGAAGCACCCAGGAGAGACAAUACCAGCCUCCAGCUAAAUUGUUUCGAUACGAGGUGGAACAGUUGGAUUGUGGAGGAGAUACAGAUGUUAGUCAACUGAUGAUAGUUGAAGCAUCGCAAGUACGUCGACGUAAGCGGCAGUAUAGCAGAGAGCGAAACAAAAUUUUUCUUGUACAGCUCAGCGAGCAAACGGAUACCGGAGUAUGGGCAGUCAAGGAAAGCGUUUUACAGAAGUAUGGCAUCCAUAAAAUUCGUUUCGACACUAUAUUCGCGGGCACAAUGCCAGACUUUUCUCCACGUUUGAAGAAGCCUAUCAAGCAUAAGCAGGAGUCUAUAGCCAAGUUCCUAACACCCGAUGUCUCGAAACACAGGGUAUUCGAAAAGCCGAGUCUGCUGCGAAAAGUAAACGAUAGUGGAAUAAUCACCAAAAAAACAAAGAAACAAAAAGUAAAUGGCAAAUAUCGGGAGGAUUUAAAAGCUAAGGCAAUGGAAGAAAAAGCUCGACUCAAGGAGGCUAGGCUGGAAGAACGGGGUCGGCAAAAAAAAGAAAAACAGAAGCUGGCAGCUUAUUUGAAGGAAUGGAAUAAACCUAGGGAAGAUUUAGAGUGCGAAGAUCUGCGACAGCUACCAGACCCAACUCCUAUCAAAUGCUUUAUCCCGAAUGAAAAAUUUGGAGAAUUUGUGAUGAUUAUAGAAUUCUUACAAUUCUUUUAUGACGAACUUGAAGUCAGCAGUUAUUUUCCGGGUGGAGUCAAUUUGGACCUCAUGGAGAAGGCUCUGUUGGAGAAAGAAGUCUCUGGACCAUGGAGCGAUCUACUGCAACUUUUGCUCGCGAAUAUCUUCAAAUUUCAGGCAGAGGAGGAAGACGAAAUUCACGCAGAUGCCGCUAAUCUUACCGAUGAUACAAACAUAGAUCAUGGGGUUUCUUCAAUGGUUGAGGCAGUCAAGUUAGCCACAAUUGCUUCGUCAUGGUGCCAAACACAUCAUGGAUGUCAACUGUCCGAACUAACGCUCGAUCAUGUCACCGUCAGUGAAAUCCUAAGACAACAUCUCUUGAGUUCCGGUGGCAGAAUAAGCGAUGUUGCGUCUAAAUGGCGGUACUCGCAAAGGGGUGGCUAUACAAAUCACGACGACCCAGCACUUCUUUUGAGAAUGAAAGAGCCCCGAAUACUUCGAGCUUUAGGUCGGAUGAGCGUAUGCGAGUUCGGAUUAGACGACCGCCUGAAAGUAAUAAGUUGUUUAAUCAACCAAUUGUUAACUUUUGCGUCGAUACGCGAUGUGAUCGAUGAAAGAUAUGAUAAGGUACAACACGCCAAGCGAGAAUUGAAACUGUUCAUGAUAGCGGAGCAAAAAAAGGAGAGGGAAGAGAGGGAAAAAAUGAAGGAAAGAGAAAGAGAAGGCAAGUUAGAGGAAGAAGAACCCCGUCCUAAGAAGUUGACUAGAGGAAAUUACGAGGACGAAAGAAAAAAGGAAGAAUAUGAAAAUCGGCUGAAGGAACUGCAAAGUGCGUCCCGGGAUGGUCAGAUGAUGCUUUAUCUGGGUGCUGAUAGAGCGCAUAGACGAUAUUGGAGGUUCUUAUCUAUACCAGGCUUGUUUGUGGAAAAUGACGAACGAUGGCCGGGCACUUGUCUCCCGGAAGGUACGCCGUAUAAGCCAGAGCUUCAAGACGACACUGGUGACGCGAUGUACGCGUAUUUGAAAAAGAGAUUCAAGGAUGAAUCUAGCGACAAGGAAAACAGUAUUAGGGAGGUGAAAAAAUCUCCUAAAAAAAUAAGUUUCUCGGAUAAAAAUGGCAUCAAGUCACCAAGGAAAGACGUCAACCCCAAAAAAGAAGCUAAAGUGGACUUGACCGAGAUUAGACAGAAAUUAAACGCGUGUACAGGGGAUCAGAACUGCCUGGUACACUGCGUGAAAGAGGGGCCGCAGUGGAGCUUCUAUGGCAUGCAAGAGAACAUUGAAAGCGUCAUCAAUGCUUUGAAUAAAAGGGGAGUGAGAGAGAGCGAAUUGAGGCACGUUUUGAUGCAAGAAGUUAGUUCAUUGUCUGCAGCAAUUGCGGAGUGUCCGCGUCACAAGCUGAACCCUGAAGUGUUUAUGGAGCCAAUCAAAGAACCUACCAACAAGAAUCACAAAAAGAAUAAAUACGAUAAUGUAAAUCUGGCUUUUCCUGCUGGCACCGAUGUUGAAGAGGUGAUGGAAAACACCCUACGAGAUUACAUUCUGGACUUGGAAGAUAAGAUCAAAGUAGGAUGUCUAGGAUCUUUGAAAGUAAUAAGUCGCGAUGUCUGGCGAACUGCCAUUGGAAAGCAUAGUUACGAUAAGCAGUGCGACAAAUUGGUUUAUGGAAUGAAUGAAAUUGAGGCGGAUACGGCAUCGAACAUCGCACUAGACAAAAUAAAGAAUGAAAAUAAAACAAGUAGACCUGGGACUCCUGAUUCUGAAGUGAGCAGUAUCGGUGUCAAAGUCUAUAGAGAUCCUGGUAGAUAUUUGGGACCACCAUGCGAAGACGAACCCCUACCAGAUCCGAAUCAACAAACUACGAUCAAACAGCUAGCUUGUGCUAUCCUGCAGAUAUCACACGCUAUCGAACCAAAGUACCUGAAAAAACCAUUAGGCGUUGACGCAAAAGACAAGAAACCAGUGAGCGAAGAUGUGGGUAGAGAUAGGUGGGAACAGUCUCUAAUGGCUUCGACAAGUUGGUCUCAGCUAUUUCUACACCUCAGUACUCUUGAAAAUAGCAUCGCUUGGGCCAGAAGUGCUCUGAAUGCGCAGUGCCGUAUUUGCAGGAAACGUAGAGAUGCGGAGAACAUGCUGCUUUGUGACGAAUGCAAUAAAGGACAUCAUCUCUACUGCCUGAAGCCUAAACUCAAUGCGGUACCAGAGGGCGAUUGGUUCUGCGUGACCUGUAGACCGCGAGAAACUAAACCUAAAGAGAAAUCAAAGAAAAGAAGGAAGUUUGAAGACGAGGCUGAGGAAGAGUCAGUACUCACUAAAGAGACAAGACGAAACCGCGCAAAAAGGAUUCCCGAUAGUGAGGAUGACGAAAAUGAGUCCCAAGAAGAUUCUAAUACGACCAGCAGCUUAUGCUCGUUGUGCGGAAGUGGGGGAAGAGUAAUAUGUUGUGACGGGUGUCCAAAAGUAUUUCACUUGGACUGUACAGAACCUCCCUUGAAAAGAGUACCGCGAGGAAAAUGGCUUUGUCAAUAUUGUGGCAGAAGCAGAAACAACAGAGCUGCACCUAGAAAUGCAAGAGGAAGAGAGAGGGAGAGAGACAGAGAGAGGGUGAGUGCAGCUGCGGCUCGCUCGCGAAUCCACGGCUUCGCCAAGAGUCUUCUUACUACCGAAUCCACAGACUGGGACGACAGCAGUAUCAAUUCUGACGAUGCCGAACCCAUACCACAGCGACAAACGAGAAGGUCGGCGAAACGCGCUGCUGAUACGCUAAAUGAGGAGGUCAAUGAAGACGUGACAACAGUAAAAGGUUGUAUGGCAACUUUGCAAGAACUGUUGGCAGAUUUAACUCAUCAUAGAGAUUCUUGGCCGUUUCUUUCCCCUGUCACACGAGACGAAGUGCCGGAUUACCAUGAUAUCAUCACGACACCAAUGGAUUUCGGAACGAUAAAGUACAAACUUGGGAAAGGGGAUUAUCAAACUUUGCACCAGUUUUACAGUGACUGUGUUCUCGUUUUCGACAACUGCGAAAAAUACAACCAGGAUCACAGUUCCGUUUACAAUACCAUUUACAGAGCUGGGAUGCGAUUGUUGAAAUACUUUGAGAAAAAAUGUAAAGAUUUGGGACUCAACUACAGCGAGGAAGAUGUACGACAACCAGAUAGGAAAAAAUUGAAAACUGAAUCGAAUGGAAACCUGGAAAUCUGUGAUACAGAUGAAGGUGAUGAGGGAGUUGAAAAAGAGGCAGAAGAAAUUGAAGAGGAGGAAGAUGAAGAGGAUGAUGAGGUUGGGGAAGAAGAUGAUGACGAUGAAACCAAGGAGGACGAAGAAGUAGAGGACGAGGAGGAAGAAGAAGAGGAAGAGGAAGAGGAAGAGGAAGAAGAGUAUGAAGAAUCAGAGUCUGACGACAGUUAAGUUUGAGUUGAUGAGUAAGAGCAAGAAAUUAUAUAUAUGAAUUUUUUCAUGUGGUCUGAGAGGUAUCAAAGAUAACUAUGUGCGUUUAUCAAGUGAUCUUAAUGGCUGCAGAGGCUAUAUGUUUGGAUUGCAAAUGUCGCAGGAACAUUUUCAGUGAAUUGUAUUUUAGAAUAUGAAUUUGUCCAGAAUAGAAACAAGGGAUGUGAAAUUUUUAUGCUAUUUAUUGAUAAACCGAAGCUUGCACAAGGUGAAAACGUAAAAAAUCAUAGAGGCCGGUUUAGCGUACCUCUGAAGCUUUCCCUCUCAUAAUUUCACACCGUUCCAUUACCGUUUCGACUUGUUGAAAUGACCGUAUCUCAUGGACGCAUAGCGAUGAGCAAGCUUGAUUCCAGACUGCAAAUAUCAAGUUAAACAUGUCCCGUGUCAAGACAUAGUCUGACUUAGACCGAGCGUACCUACCUAUAAACAGUAUCAUACUUUGCCUAAUAAUAGUUUCAAUUUAUACUCUGAUUUAAAAUUACAAUGAUUAUGAUUCAUCUAUGUCUGCAACUACCUAUGAUUAUUUAUUCAAUCAAUCACAAUUUUGAAGCACUGGCCGAUCGCUUAUUUCUUGUUAAGAUUAUUCGAACGACAUGAAUAUUUUCAUGCAAAGUUGUACUCCUCCAUGUAUUCACGGUAUGAUGGGAUAGAUGUUGGUUCACUUUUGCAUAUCAUCACCAUAUUAUCGAUAAGUAAAUAAUUUUGUAGGUAAACCACUGACUGCUCUCUCUUCUCUCCUUUGCUCUUGGUUUGUGGCAUUGUCGAUAAGUUCUGAAGAUACUUAUUUGUUUCUCAACUACAUACUUACCUAAGUCCAUAAGUCUAAGGCUCGUUUGACACGUUUUAAAUUUAGGCUGGGCCUAUACAAAAUCGAGGGUACAAAAUGUCAAUGUCCGUUGUAUAGUACAAUUGAGGCGGUCCUUUGUAACGAUGUGCGUUUUAUACAAUUAAUUUAGUAAUAAACUAUUUCAAUAAUAAAAGAA